AUGGAGGCCCGUCCCCUGCAGCGGCCCCAAACGCUGCUCCUGCUGGCGGCGGCUGCCCUGGACACAGCCGACCUGGUGGAGCUCGGCGGGCAGACGUGGCAGGGGGACGGGCUGCUGCUGCGCUCGCACUCCGCCUCGCGCAGGUUCUACUUCGUGGCCCCGGACACCGACUGCGGGCUCUGGAUGCAGGCGGCGGCCCCCGGCGACAGGAUCCGCUUCCAGUUCCGCUUCUUCCUGGUCUACAGCUUGGCCGCGGCGCCGCGGGCGCCCCCAGUGCCCCCGGCGCCCAACGCCUCCUCCCCGGCCCCCGCCGACCCGUGCGCCCCCGGGUCCUACCUGCAGUUCUACGAGGGCCCGCCGGGGGCGCCCCGGGCGCUGGGGGACCCUCUCUGCGGCCUGACCAUCCCCGCCCCGGUGGUGUCCUGGCCCUUCCUGUGCCUCCGCCUGCUCACCAGAGGCCGCCAGCCCCGCGUGGACUUUGUGGGCGAAGUCACCUCUUUCCGGUUAGGAUCCUGUGGUGCCUACUUCCGCUGUCGGAGCGGCAGGUGCAUCCCCUCGAGCCUGGUGUACGAUUGCUGGGGCGUGGACAACUGUGGCGAUGGUAGUGACCGGGCGUCCUGGCCACCGGCCAGCUGCAGAGGUCCCUCUCUGGUGCCCAGCCAGGCAGUGGGUACGGCUGGCCACACCUCCAAGCCCCUGACGCUCUCCCCAGCUCUUGGGUCUGCAGGCUCCCUCCAAAGGGGAGCCGAGGGGAGGCCCCCGGAAGGCCGGGCCCCUGAACAGUGGGAUACAGCAGCCUCUCUGGGAGGCCCCCCGCUGCAGGGCGCGGCGCUGGUCUCCUUGCUGGUCCUGGCCCCUGCUGGCGUCCUCUUGGCAUUAAAGAGCUUUCCUCACCUGGAGGAGGGUGGCAAAGCCCAUCGCGAUGCCCCCUGCUCCAGGUAG